AUGAAUCCGUCCACCUCAGCCGCUCAAGACGAAUUCAACGAGCUUCUUCGUGACAAGGACCACGACGACAGACACCCUGAAGACCGCCACGACGACAGCGACGUCUCCGAGCCAGAGUCCCCUGGUGCUGCCGCCGACUACCUCGAGAAGAUUGACACCGACGACGAACUCGACAUUCCCGCCGACAUGCGUGCCAACUAUUACAUGCCCAACCGCCGCUCAGAGGCCAACACGGGCCCCAAGGGUGUCAUUGCCGAUGCCCAGGCCUUUGAGCAGGCCAAGAAGCAAGCAAGACGCUUUACCUGGAAGAAGAACUCCCCGCCUACAUCCUACACCGUUUCCGCCUACCAUGACGACAAGGCCUCGAGCGACGAAGAUGCCGACGAGGGCUUCAUGCGCCAAUGGCGUGAGGCCAGGCUCAAGGAGCUGCAGAAUGUCGGCGAGAAGAUGCGGUCAAGGACAAAUAGCCCUAGCCGUCGUGUCUACGGUACCAUGCCGUUAGUCGAUGGUGAGGGGUACCUUGAUGCCGUUGACAAGACCGCCUCGGGUACUACCGUGCUUGUCUUCAUCUAUUCUGAAGAGAUUGAGCUUGACCAACAAGUUUGCGUAUUCAUGCGUGAGGUAGCAAGACGCAAUGACACUGUCCGGUUUGUCAAGAUGCACGGCGAGGAAGCAGAGCUCGACCGCGAUGUUCUCCCUGCUGUCCUGGCAUACAAGGGCGGCGAAAAGUUCGCUUCCAUUCUGCCUCUUCUCAACGAGUUGCCCGACGACUCCGAGCUCAGUGUUGUUAGCCUGGAAACAGCGCUCCGAAAAAACCGCGUUCUUUGA